AUGAAGUUACAAAUUACUUUAACAAGUGUAUUGCUAACUUCUACUGUUUUAGCUUCACCAAUCCAAAAUAAAAGAGAUAUUAGUAACAUAUUGGAUGCUGCUUCUCAAAAGCAAUUCACCAUUGCCUCACAAGUAUACAGUACCCAAAAUUCAUUCUUACCAGAAACUUCAGAUUCAAUUAUAGAUGUUGAUGCCGCUGCUAGUGCUUUUUAUCGCAAUAAAGAAACUUCGGAUUCAAUUAUAGAUGUUGAUGCCGCUGCUAGUGCUUUUUAUCGCAAUCAAGAAACUUCAGAUUCAAUUAUAGAUGUUGAUGCCGCUGCUAGUGCUUUUCUUCACAACGAAGCAACUAGAUCAAAAAAUGAUGCCGGGGCAAGAAAAUUAAGCUUCUUUCCAUCUUCAGUGAGUCAUUCGUCCGCUUCUGCAGCUACAACUAAUGAUAUAAUAUCUAACAAUAAAAAUCCCUACCCAUCCGUAAAUGGUGCCACUCCAAUUGCAAAUGAUACGGCUGUCUCUACGCCAAUUUUGAAUAAUAUAACCUCCUCUUAUGAACCAGAAGUAACUAGCAAUGCCCCAAUUAUAAAUUAUAUUUCUAGUGACAAGCCCUCUUUGGAGAACAGUAAGACCACUUCUACAGCAACUUUCACUAGGUCUUCUGUAAACGAUAUUACAACAACUUUAAAUACAACUCUAAGCAGCAUCGAAAAGCUUCCAAGUAUUUCAACUCCAGUUACAAGUGAUAUUACUAACACUAUUACAAGUGAAACGGUAUUUCCUACAAGUAAUACUAUUACAGUUGCAAAUACCACAACUGCUACAUUCAGAAGCGAAAUGGAACCUUCUGCAGGCAGUGCUGCUAUUGUCUCAAAUGACAGUACCAAUAACUCUAACAUUAUGCCACUAUAUUCUGCAAGCAGCAUUAUUUCCAGUACCAAUGAUUCUACUACUGAUGUUGCAAGCAAAACUGAGUCCCCUAUGAGUAAUAUUUCACCAGUUACAAAUACUACUUAUUCUGCUCCUUCAAGUCCAGCUGAAUCUUCCACAAGUAGUACGCCUCUAGUCUCAGGCUACAUUUCUAAUAGCACCUCAUCUACUCCAGUGUACACCUCAAGUAGCAUUGUUCCAAGUACAAAUUACACUUAUUCUGAUUCUUCAAGUCAAGCGGAAUCUUCCACAAGCAGUACGCCUCUAGUCUCAGGCUACGUUUCUAAUAGCACCUCAUCUACUCCAGUGUACACCUCAAGUAGCAUUGUUCCAAGUACAAAUUACACUUAUUCUGAUUCUUCAAGUCAAGCGGAAUCUUCCACAAGCAGUACGCCUCUAGUCUCAGGAUACGUUUCUAAUAGCACCUCAUCUACUCCAGUGUACACCUCAAGUAGCAUUGUUCCAAGUAUAAAUUACACUUAUUCUGAUUCUUCAAGUCAAGCCGAAUCUUUCACAAGUAGUUCACCUCUCAUUUCAAGUUACUUUACCAACGAUACUAUAACUAAUGCAGAAUCAUCAUCAUUCAGCACAACUCCAGUUGCAAAUUACACUAUUAGUGAUACUAAUAGUCGAAUGGUACUUCCUAUAGACAGUAUUAUCCCAGUCACAAACACUCCUUCAAAAGUUACCACUAGUCAAGUAGAAUCAGUUUUAAGUACCAGUCUAAUUUCAAGCAAUAUUAAUAAUAGCACCACAACUAUAACAGAAUUUAUCACACACAGAAUCACGCCUGUGACAAGUGGCAGUGCUAGCGUUACUGGUGACGCCACAAGUGAGACAGAAUUUGCUACAAGCAGUGCUACUUUAAAUACAACCGAUGCUAUUAACAGUGAUACCUAUCAAACAGAAUUGCCCACAAAUAAUACUACCCUAGUAACAAGUGAAAAUUUUAAUAAUGUCACGACCAAACCGGUAUCUUCUCUCCCAUCUAUGAUUGAUACUACUACCAGUACUAGAAGUGAAUCUGAAUUAUUCACAAGCAACACUACCUCAGUUAUAAUCAACAACACUACCAGCACCGCAACCACAUCAGCUUCAUCCACUAACAGACCAGAAUUCUCCACAAGUAGUACUACCAUAGUUACAAACAAUACUGUUACUAGUACCACAAACGAACCAGAAUCAUCUAAAAGUGGCAUUAUCUCAGUUACUAGUAACACUAUUAACAAUACUACAGACGACUUAGAUUCACCCACAAGCAAUAUUACUACUAUUAUCACAAACAAUUCAGAAUCAUCCACAAGCAAUACAGAAUCAUCUACAAGCAAUUCAGAAUCAUCCACAAGCAAUUCAGAAUUAUCUACAAGUAGCAUUACCUCAAUUACAAGCAACAUUACUAUAAGUCCCACAAAUAGUAGUACCUCAGCCAUAAGUGAAACUUCUACUAGUAUCGCAACUACAACAACAUCAUCUUCUACAAUUAGUACUACCCCAGUUACAAGCAAUACCGCUACUAAUACCACAAAUAAAUCAAAAUCAUCUACAAUUAACACUACUACCAGGACCAUCAGUACCACAAGCGAUUCAGAAUCAUCCACAGGUAACACUAUUACUAGUACCAUUGGUACCACAAGCAAUUCAGAAUUAACUCCAAUAAACCCUUCCAAUAAUAUUACAACCACAACCACAUCCACAAGCAACUCAGAAUCAUCCACCAGCAAUACCAACUCAGUUACAAGCGAAUUAGAAUCUUCUACAAGCCGUACUACUACUAGUAUCAUAAGCGCUUCAGAAUCAUCCACAAGCAGCACUGCCAUCAGUAUCAUCGGUACCGUAAGUAAUUCAGAAUCAUCCUCAAGCGACACUACCACUAGUACCGCAACCACAUUGGCUUCUUUCACCACUAGUACCGCAACCACAUUGGCUUCUUUCACCACUAGUACCGCAACCACAUUGGCUUCUUCCACAACUAGUACCGCAACCACAGUAGCUUCUACCACAACUAGUACCGCAACCACAGUAGCUUCUACCACAACUAGUAAUGCCACAGUUACAAACAACACUGCUACUAGUAUCGUAACCACAACAGCAUCAUCUUCCACAAGUAUUAAUGCUCCCGUCACAAACGAUAUUACCAACAACAUAACUACUAAAACAGAAUCAUCCAUAAGUGAAAUUACUUUAGUGGCAAGUGACGUUACUAACACUGUUAUAAUUAAAACAGAAUCCUCCACAGAUAGCAUUUAUCUAGUGUUAAGCGACACUACUGACACUAUCAAAACUGAAACGGAAUAUCCUACAAGAAUUACUUCUCUAACUCCAAGCAACAUUAUUGGUACCACAAUAACUGAAAUAGAAUCUACUACAAGCAAAACUAUUGUAGUUGAAAGUUACACUACAGGUGUUACUAUAACAGAAACAGCAGCUGCUACAAGCAGAGUUAUUUUAGUUGAAAGUUACACCACAGGUAUCACUAUUACUAUAACAGAGGCACCUACAGCAAGUAUUACGGCAGAAGAGACUAACACAAUUAAUUUGACAGAACCUAAUGGCACAAUUAUACCAAUAACAUCCGUUGGAAAGAAUGCAACUGAAGGCAGUCCAAAAAUAAAAGUUAUUAUUGCAGGUGGCAAUGUUGAAACAAAAAACGAUACUGAUUUGGAAUAUGUAUUAUUAUUCAACAAGACAAAACCUUUAGAUACAAAUGAAUUAUAUGCUUUAGCUCAAUAUGCAAAUAAUACAUUACUAGAUGAUAAUUAUAAAGGUGUUGUAGUUGUUGCUAAUGAAGCUGCUAUUGAAUCUUUAGGUUUUUUCUCUAAUGUACUAUUAAACCCAGAAUCAUUGAACAAAACAUUUGUCAUUUCAUCGAAUUCAAACAAUGGUAUUAUUGUCGCUAAUAACACAGAAACUAAGAAUCGUGGUGUUCUAGUCUCCAACAAUAAUUUACUAUAUCCAGGUAUCUACUCUCCCUCAAUGUCUUCAGGGAAUGGUGCUUCUAAUACCAAUAACGCAAUUCCAGUCGGUGCUGUUAACAAACAAAACGAACCAUUUUGGUUUUUCCCUGAUAAUAUACCAACUAUAUUAAGUCCAAAUUCCACAAUUAGAACAACUUUUAGCAAUUUCACAAACACAAGUGCAUUAGAUAAUUCUCAAGCUCCAAUUGUUCCAAUUAUUGAUGAAGAUGGAUUAACACAAUCUCUAUUAUACGCUAUAGCAAAUGCAUCUAAUGGACUGAUUAUUUCUUCCUCAAAUGCUGACAACAGUACUGCUCUAAAUUGGAGUACAGUCGCUGUUCCAGUAGUUUUUACAAAAAAUACAGAUAAUUUUGCAUACAUUGGAAAGCAAGAUGUUCCCAAGGGUGCAAUUGCCGGUGGAUAUCUCACUCCAAUUAAAGCUCAAGUUUUGUUAAAUAUCGCCCUAGCAAACGGUGUUAACUCUACUGAAAGUUUAAACCAAAUAUUCUCUGAAUAA